UCUUUUCUUACUUUCUGGGUUUUUUACAGAUCUGCUUCGUUAGAACCCUAAUUUCGUUUUCUUGAUUUUGGGGACGGCGGAGCUGCAAUGUCGUCUCUAAGUAGAGAGCUUGUGUUCUUGAUCUUACAGUUUCUCGAUGAAGAGAAAUUUAAGGAAACUGUUCAUAAGUUGGAACAAGAAUCAGGCUUUUUCUUUAACAUGAAGUAUUUUGAGGAUGAAGUGCAAAAUGGGAAUUGGGAUGAUGUUGAGAAAUACCUUUCUGGGUUCACAAAAGUGGACGAUAAUCGGUAUUCGAUGAAGAUCUUUUUCGAAAUUAGGAAGCAGAAGUAUCUUGAAGCAUUGGAUAAGCAUGAUCGAUCAAAGGCUGUCGAAAUUCUUGUGAAGGAUCUUAAAGUUUUCGCUUCAUUUAACGAAGAGCUUUUCAAGGAGAUAACUCAGUUGUUAACUUUGGAGAAUUUUAGGGAAAAUGAGCAAUUGUCGAAAUAUGGAGAUACAAAAUCAGCGAGAGCUAUAAUGUUGGUUGAGCUCAAGAAGCUUAUUGAAGCAAAUCCUCUUUUCCGUGACAAAUUGCAGUUUCCAAAUCUUAAGAAUUCUAGGUUACGAACUCUAAUUAACCAAAGCUUGAAUUGGCAGCACCAACUUUGUAAAAACCCAAGGCCAAAUCCAGAUAUCAAAACUUUGUUUGUAGACCAUUCGUGUGGACAACCAAAUGGUGCACGUGCUCCAUCACCUGCAAAUAAUCCACUUCUUGGACCAUUGCCUAAAGCUGGUGGCUUUCCUCCUUUGGGUGCACAUGGGCCUUUUCAACCUACACCAGGUCCAGUCCCGACCCCUCUUGCUGGUUGGAUGUCUAAUCCUCCAACCGUAUCUCAUCCGAGUGUAUCUGGUAGUGCAAUUGGUCUUGGUGGUCCAUCUAUUCCAGCCGCUUUGAAGCAUCCGAGAACUCCACCGACAAAUCCUUCUUUAGAUUUCCCAUCUGGGGAUUCCGAUCAUAUGAGCAAAAGAACAAGAACCAUGGGUAUAAAUGAGGAGGUAAAUCUACCAAUUAAUGUGAUGCCCGUUUCAUUCCCGGGCCAUGGUAGUCAUAGUCAAGCUUUUAAUGCACCCGAUGAUUUGCCCAAGACGGUUGCACGAACUUUGAACCAGGGUUCAUCUCCUAUGAGUAUGGAUUUUCAUCCUAUUCAACAGACGUUACUUUUAGUCGGAACAAAUGUGGGCGACAUCGGAUUGUGGGAAGUUGGUUCUCGGGACAAAUUGGUUCUUCGAAAUUUCAAAGUGUGGGACCUCAGUGCUUGUUCGAUGCCUAUGCAGGCUGCUUUGGUCAAAGAUCCUGGCGUCUCCGUGAACCGUGUAAUAUGGAGCCCAGAUGGUUCAUUGUUUGGAGUUGCAUAUUCAAGGCACAUUGUACAAAUAUAUUCGUAUCACGGGGGUGAUGACGUUAGACAACAUCUUGAGAUUGAUGCCCAUGUCGGUGGGGUAAACGAUCUUGCAUUCUCUCAUCCUAAUAAGCAGCUUUGUGUGAUAACUUGUGGAGAUGAUAAGACCAUCAAGGUAUGGGAUGCUGCAACUGGUGCAAGACAAUACACUUUUGAAGGUCACGAUGCUCCUGUAUAUUCCGUAUGCCCGCACUAUAAAGAGAACAUUCAGUUCAUAUUUUCAACGGCUCUUGAUGGGAAGAUAAAAGCUUGGUUAUAUGAUAACAUGGGAUCCCGAGUUGAUUACGAGGCUCCCGGUCGCUGGUGCACGACUAUGGCGUACAGUGCGGAUGGAACGAGACUUUUUUCAUGUGGGACAAGUAAAGAUGGGGAAUCACACAUUGUGGAAUGGAAUGAAAGUGAAGGAGCUGUGAAAAGGACAUAUCUUGGGUUCCGUAAACGAUCUCUAGGUGUUGUCCAAUUCGAUACAACUAAAAACCGAUUUUUGGCAGCUGGUGAUGAUUUCUCGAUUAAGUACUGGGAUAUGGACAACACUCAACUUUUGAUGAGUGUUGAUGCUGAUGGGGGUCUUCCGGCAAGCCCACGAAUCCGAUUUAACAAGGAUGGCGCGUUAUUAGCGGUUUCGUCAAACGAAAAUGGAAUCAAAAUCUUGGCGAAUUCUGAUGGUCUUCGAUUGCUUCGGACUUUUGAGAAUCUUUCUUAUGAUGCUGCUUCAAGAACACCCGAAGCUGCAAAGCCUGCCAUAAAUACGAUAUCUGCCGCCGCUGCCGCUGCAGCUGCCGCCACUAGUGGUGGAUUAGCUGAAAGGGUUGCCUCCGUUGGCUCUAUCUCUGGAGUGAAUGGAGAUACCAGAAACAUGACCGAUGUAAAACCACGAAUUACUGAAGAAUCAAAUGACAAAUCAAAGAUUUGGAAGCUCACGGAGAUAAGUGAAUCUUCUCAGUGUCGGUCACUGAAGCUUCCGGAAAACAUGAGAGUAACAAAGAUAUCGAGGCUGAUAUAUACGAACUCCGGAAAUGCCAUUUUGGCAUUAGCAUCAAAUGCUAUUCAUUUAUUAUGGAAAUGGCAACGUAAUGAGCGUAACUCAAGUGGCAAGGCAACAGCCGGCAUUUCCCCACAACUAUGGCAACCUUCAAGCGGGAUUUUAAUGACGAAUGACGUGGCUGACAUGAACCCGGAAGAAUCCGUGUCUUGUUUUGCUCUGUCCAAAAAUGAUUCGUAUGUGAUGUCAGCAUCAGGAGGAAAGAUUUCUUUGUUUAACAUGAUGACUUUCAAGACAAUGACAACAUUCAUGGCUCCGCCCCCAGCGGCAACGUUUCUUGCUUUCCAUCCUCAAGAUAAUAACAUCAUUGCUAUUGGUAUGGAUGACUCCACAAUCCAGAUCUAUAACGUUCGUGUCGAUGAGGUGAAAAGCAAACUUAAAGGCCACUCCAAAAAAAUCACUGGGCUUGCCUUCUCUCACGUGCUCAACGUUCUUGUCUCGUCUGGUGCAGAUUCUCAGAUUUGUGUAUGGAGUUCUGAUGGAUGGGAAAAGCAAAAAGCUAAAUACUUGCAACUUCCUCCGGGGAGGACAACGGCUGCACAGUCUGAUACACGAGUGCAGUUUCAUCAUGAUCAGAUCCAUUUUCUUGUAGUCCACGAGACUCAGCUGGCUAUAUACGAAACAUCCAAACUAGAAUGCGUAAAACAGUGGGUCCAACGUGAAUCUUCUGCCCCUAUAUCGCACGCCACGUUUUCAUGCGAUAGUCAGUUGGUUUACGCAUGUUUUGCGGAUGCAACUGUAUGUGUGUUCACUGCGUCUCACCUUCGCCUCCGCUGUCGCAUUAAUCCAUCUGUUUAUCUUUCCCCGAGUGUCCUCAGCAAUCUAAACGUGCACCCAAUGGUAAUUGCGGCUCACCCACAAGAACCAAACCAGUUUGCACUAGGCCUUUCAGACGGUGUGGUUCAUGUUUUCGAACCACUUGAAUCAGAAGGCAAAUGGGGGGUGCCACCACCUGCAGAAAACGGGUCAACAAGCAAUGUAGCGGCAUCGUCACCGGUCGGAGGUUCGGGAUCGGAACAAGGGCAAAGAUGACGGAAUCGUCUGCAGCAACACAAGUUCUUUUAAACGCUUGUUUUGCUGGCGGUUUCGAAGAUUUAGGGGUGUUGCUGGUGUUUAUUGACCUGUAGAUCUAACUUGGUUGUGUGCAAGAUUUAGGUUAAGUGUUUCUAGGGUUCCAAAUUCAAAAUGGUGAAAUGUUGUUUAUUUUGUAUUUCCAUGAUAAGGAAUCCAUAAAGUUGCUUCCU